UUUGUUUUGUUAGCUAGCCUUCUGGAAUGCUUAUUACUGAUGUUUGAUAUUCAUUAAAGUUUCUAGACGCAUUCAUUUCAUUGCCGUUGAUUUUGAUUUUUUGCAUUAUUUUACUGGAGGCUCCGUUGUUGAUGAAUCAUUCCCACCAUUCACCAACACAAGACAACAUCAUUGGCACAAGCCACUAGCUUGUAACACCUGCACAAAACACUUACCAAGUGACCAUACCCUCGUUAACCUCCCCACUUACCCUCAUAGUUUUCAUCAGAAGAACCAAACUCUUAUUAAUGAUGAUUGCAUUUCUCUCUCCACCUUUUUCCACACCUUUUUUCUUUUUAUCCCUAGCUAGACACAUAUCAUUGUGAAUAAAAAUGAUGGGCGUGGUUCUAUUUUUCAACAACCUGCUAAUAGCUAGGCUCUUAUCAUUUCCCUUACUGUGUGGUAACAAAUGGGUGGACAUUGCUCACCACCAAAUGAGCUAUGAUUCUAUACAUAUUCCUAUGGCAAUUGCCACCUUUCUCUAAAAGGGCCCAUCAUUCGUUUUUAAUUGUUUCUCCUAUUUUUUUCUACUCCUUUUUCCUAACUCUCUUGUCUAGUUCUUUUAAUCUGUUCCUCUCCUCCUCUCUUCAAGUUAGAUCCAAUCGACCAUGAUUAAAGACUCGCAGAAGGAUAACUGAGUGUUUUAUUUCAUGGUGGAUUUGAUGCAGUGUGUUAGCAAAAUAAUUUAAGUUGAUAUGGAGACGAUGGAGUCGUGUGUACCGCCAGGGUUUCGGUUCCAUCCGACUGAUGAGGAGCUUGUUGGCUACUAUCUGAGGAAGAAGGUCGCCUCACAGAAGAUCGACCUUGAUGUUAUUAGAGACAUCGAUCUGUACAGAAUCGAACCAUGGGAUCUCCAAGGUAAGAGGUGCAGGAUUGGGUAUGAAGAGCAAAAUGAGUGGUACUUCUUUAGCCAUAAAGACAAGAAGUACCCAACAGGAACGAGGACCAACAGAGCCACCAUUGCUGGCUUUUGGAAAGCAACUGGGAGAGACAAGGCCGUCUACGACAAGGCCAAGUUGAUCGGCAUGAGGAAGACCCUCGUUUUCUACCGAGGAAGGGCUCCGAAUGGUCAGAAGAGCGACUGGAUCAUGCAUGAGUAUCGGCUCGAAUCUGAUGAGAAUGGACCUCCUCAGGAAGAGGGAUGGGUGGUUUGUCGAGCAUUCAAGAAACGGACCACUGGGCUGACCAAGAGCACCCUCGAAGGCUGGGACACGAGCUACUUCUACGAUGAGCAAAGUGGCACAAGCUCGGUCAUCGACCCUGCCGAGUGCAUCUCGAGGCCAGUCCUUGGCUACAUGCCCAAUUCGAGCUUUGUGUGCAAGAAAGAGAUAGAAGUGGCGGAGAACCUGAAGCUCUUCAACCCGGACGACAGCUACUUCCUACAACUUCCUCAGCUAGAAAGUCCAUCUCUUCCCUUAACGAAGAGGCCGAUGAGCUCGGUUUCGCUAGUUUCAGAGAUCAAUAACAAUAACCACAACAGUAACAAUAACGAGCACUUAGAGGAACAUAAUGAUGAUGAUUCCAAUAAGAGAGUGACUGAUUGGAGGGCCCUUGACAAGUUCGUUGCUUCUCAGUUGAGUCAAGAGGAGAGGUAUGAGGGCGAUGGAAUAACCGCAAGCUUUGAUCAGCAUGACAGCUCAGACAUGGCUUUGAUGUUGCUAGAGAAUGCUCGAGAAUGCGAAGCGACCAAGUUGAGCAGUUUCUUGACUUCAGGCGCCGGAUGCGACGCUGGCGGCAUAUGUUUGUUUGAGAAGCUAUGAAUUUGUAAGGAAGAGAAAGGUUUUAUAUCUGAUAAGAGCAUAUGGCCCUCUGACCUUGAAUGAGGAAGAGUGGAUAUUAUUUCUGUUGAACAUAAUGUGUUGUGAAAGUUUGUAUCUCUCUCUC